UUUGCUUUGAAAGUGUGUAUGUGCCAACAACUGGCGCUUGGUUGAAGACAUUCUCAGAGAGCGAAACUCUCCGCCUGAUCGAACUUUGCCGUUAAGUUCAGCAGCAUUUUGAGUCUGCUUUGAGUCUACAAAAACAGGGAAUUGGCCACAGCAAACCAAAAAUGAGUUUUAUUCAUUUAGACGAUUUCAUCGCAGGAUGGAUUGGGGGGGCGUCCAGCGUGGUGGUGGGACACCCCCUGGACACGGUUAAGACACGCCUCCAAGCGGGGAACAGCUACCGGAACACACUCCACUGUAUCCUGACCAUCUACAGGAAGGAGACCGUGACAGGAUUCUUUAAGGGCAUGUCAUUCCCUCUAGCCAGCGUCACGGUCUACAACUCGCUGGUGUUCGGCUUCUUCAGCAACACCCAGCGGGUAAUCAGCAAGUAUCGCUAUGGCAACGAGCUGCAGCCCUGUGGCAUGCUGGACCUGACGGUGGCCAGCGCCCUCACCGGUCUGAUGUCCGUAGGCCUGGGCGCCCCCGUCGACCUGGUCAAGAUCCGCCUGCAGAUGCAGACCCAGACGGUCCUCGCAGCGAACCUCCAGUUGGCGGGGAGCGCAGCAGGGGGCGGGAGCGUCCAGCUGGGGUCGGUGGGCGUGGCCGACCGGCGCCUCUAUCGGGGCCCCGUCCACUGUGUGAGCAGCAUCCUGCGGAGCGAGGGGCUCCCGGGGCUGUACCGGGGGGCCGGGGCCAUGGUGCUGAGGGACGUCCCGGGCUACACGCUCUACUUCAUCCCCUACACCGUCCUCUGCGGCCUGCUGAGCCCCGACGGCCGUUCCAGCGCCCACCCAGCCUCCAUCUGCCUGGCCGGGGGUCUCGCAGGUUCGAUCUCGUGGGUGACUGCGACCCCGGCGGACGUGGUGAAGAGUCGCAUGCAGGCGGACGCUCAGCUGCACAGGAAGUACACGGGCAUCCUCCACUGCAUCAGCCAGAGCUACCGCACAGAGGGACUCAAGGUGUUUUUCCGCGGCGCUUCAGUCAACGCCAUCAGGGGCUUUCCCAUGAGCGCCACAAUGUUCCUGACUUACGAACUCUCCCUCAAAUUCUUCCGCAGCUUCCGAAGGCACCAGUAACAUCUCUUGAGACUUCUGGAAUGAUCUCUGGAUUACGGAAAUGAUCUGUUGAAAGUUGUAAAUCAAUCUUUUGAGAGUUCUAGAAUGAUGUUUGGAGGAUUCUAAAACAAUAGAAUGGAGGUGACUUUUUAUCCGAAAGGAAUACGUUUACUUUUGGAAAAAACCAAGGACCUGCCAUCAAAAAUUACGUAAAUCACGUGUGAUUCUCAACGGUUGUGUCCCACGGAGCGAGAAUAACACAAAAGCAUCCUACUGGGACUGGGAGGUGUAUGUUCUUAGCAUGUUACCACAUGUACCUGCAUCUGUUUCUUAUAUUAAGGAUUUAAGUAGUUUAUUUGGCCCACUUUUAAGGUAUAUCAUUUUUCUUCAAAAAGGCAUUUGUUUAAAAACACAAUUUAGUGUACUGUAGUGCUCAUGUUUUUAUGAUCAACCAAUUUAACGUAGUAUCAAUAUUGUUUUCUUGAUUUUUCGACACUGCAUAAGCAAUUCAUUGCGAUAAUCAAUCAAUUAGAACAAUUCAUAUUAAGUUGAUUACAUUUACCCAAAAUACGAAGUGCAAAUUUAGUACAGCUAUUAAUCAUCGUAAUCGAUAUAGGCUUGACUUCUGACACAUUUCAUAAUCGAGUAAAUUCAAUUAUAUCUAUAAAACUAUUUAAUCUGUAAAUAUUGCAAAUAUUUAAAUGCUUUUCUUGAAGGGAUGGUUUUUAAUUUUAGAAUGAAACUCAUUUUUCUCACAGAAUUGUAAAGACACUUUAUUUUUUAAAGUAUUUUAUCUGCUGUAAAUAUUUAAAUAGCUUUCAUUACAGGCGGGAAGAGAGAUGGUUGUUUUAUUGUAAAUAAAGUUUUCAAAUUCAA